GUGUGCACUUGAUUCUGGAAGCCGCAGAAACCCUCAUCACUAAACACAGGGGCCGCGUGCAGCUGCUGCUUGGUGGUUUGGCGAACUGGAAGGACGGAUACGCUGCGAGGUGCGCUACGAAGAUGAUGGAGCUGCGGUGGAAGUACCCACAAAGCUUCUGGGCGGAUCCAAAUGAGUUCUUCACCAAAGGCAAGAACUUGCUAAACCCUAGGCAGCGAAUGCGGCAGCUGGCCAUCCCUGCAGCCCAACGCCACUUCUUGAAGCCCAGGGCAGCCAGUUUCGGCGGCGGCACGCAGCACAGAAACAUGCACCAGGUGGAGGGCGCCCACGUAAACUACGGGGCUGACUUCGGCCUCAUGCCUUCGGCCUUCGAGCCGGGCGGGAUCGUCCAGCACGAGUUUUUCAUAUCCGGGACUCCUGUUAUUGCGUUUCACACGGGGGGCCUGAAAGACACGGUGGUGGAGUUUGUCCCCUCCACUGGCACAGGAAACGGAUUUUGUUUUUUGAAUUAUACUUCUGGCGAUUUGCUUUACGCCAUGGAAAGGGCCAUUAGAGUAUUCGACGACAAGGAGAAGUACGCGCUGCUGCGGCAGCUAGCCAGGCGGUCUGUAGUUAGCUGCGAGUCCAGCAGCUGGGCCUGGCUUUGCGAGUUUGCGCGGCUGCGCAACAAAAUGCCCAUCAACGAGAACAAGGUGCAACAAAUCUACGAGAGGCUCCCCGAGUGGUCAGAGGGGGCCUGGAGAAAAAGAAAAGACCAGCUAGCUGCUGCUGCUGUGGGGCUGCCAAGCCCGCCUGGCAGCAGCUGGGGGGCCCCACAGGGGCAGCAGCAGCAGCAGCAGCAGCAGCUGCUGCUGCUGCAGCAGCAGGCGGAAGCGGCUGCAGAGUUCUGGGCGCUGCCCUCCUCCACGGCGAACAAGGGGCGGCGGAAGACGAAGCUGCGGAUCGACAGCAGCAGCAGCAGCAGCAGCAGCAGCAGCACGAGCAGCACGAGCGAGGGAGAAACGCCGCAGUCGCACUUGUCCAGCAGCAGCAGCAGCAGCAGCAGACGCAGCAGCACAGACACAGCAGCUAGCCACAAGCCAGCUAGCCACACAAACCGCCCCAAAAAGCUGCUGCCCAGCACAAUCCGUUAUAUGCCCCCUCAGGGAAAGCCCAGGCCUCGUUCUGUGGCCGUUGCCGGGAGCUUCGACGACUGGCGCGUCAGGCGGCCUCUGACUUGGGACAAUGCAAUUCAGGCAUUUGCAAUAUCUCUUGCGCUGCCUCCCGGAGAGUACACGUACAAGCUCGUUGUUGACGGGGAAUGGGUUUGCUGCCACGACUCCCCGACUGCGAGAGACCCUGGAGGCAACGAAAACAACAUUUUGGUUGUCGAGUGA